UGCUGAUGAUUUGACUUUUUUGUGUCAAUUCUGUUAAUCAACAGUUUCUGUUCUAGUAAAAACUGAUUAAUUUCUUCCUCCGGUGAAUGAUUAGUGCUGUCGACUAACAUCAUGAAGAUCAUUUGAUGGUUCUUCAGUGUAAACUGAUGGCCUUUCUGUUUGCAGUUUGAAUCUUCUCCCUGUAUGUAGGUACACAGUUGAUAGAAAGUUGAUAAUUGGUAUAACUGUGAGUGUUGUUGGUUGGUUGUCUCUAGUGUACUGUGUGUGUGACCCUGUGAUGGACCGGUGAACAGGUGAGGGUGUACCUCAGCCUCACCUAAUGACUGUUGGGACUUCAACCCAAGUGUGUUUCACUUGGUGACAACAACGAUGGAACUGUGGGUAGAGAACCGUAUAGGCUGGUUGCUUGUAUGAAGCCUCAGUACAUAAAAUAACCUUUGAAAGACGCUUCACUGGACCUGAUCUGAAUCCGUCCACGAGGUGUUACUCCAGGUACGGCUGUGACAAAGUAAAGUGUUUUAGAUGUUUUGAACUGCUGAUGCACUUAUUUAUAAACCUCAGACCAUGUGCCAUGUAUUUCUGAAUUAUGACGGACUAAAUUAAAUCUGGAAAUCUAGUAAAGUAAUUUCUUUCUUUCGCUGUCUCUUAAAUAUUUUUAGAAUGACUAUUAGAAAAGGAGUAUUUUCCAUUCUCUUUUUUAGCUCUCUUUUUUUUAAAGUCUAUAUAUGUAUAUUUGUAUUUUAGACUUAUCAGUUCACUCCACAAGACAGAGCAGGAGGUAAUAAAGAACAAAGAAAGAGGCAGAAAGGCCACACUGUGGUUGGGAAACACACAGUUACCAUCUGUUUCUGCUGAAACACAAAAAGAUUAUGUUCAUAUUUAAAGGCCUAAUUCUUGAGAAAGUGAUCAGCACUAUUGCCAUAGCCGGUUCUGUAAUAUUUGGAUUGGAUUCCCUACAUUUUGUUUGACAUUUGUGCCCUACACUAGUUACAUUUGAUUUCUAUUCUAUACAAUUUUAUUUAUCUGCUAUUGGCUGUAAUUAACGUUUUACAUUGUUUACAUUGAUGAAUCAUUGUUUUAAAAUCAUUUGAAAUAACCUUGAUUUUUUUUUUUAAUUGAUCUCAGGUAAAGGCACACAUCAGUCUUAAGGACCAUGCAUGUUGAAACCACAUGGCUGACCACAUUAAUGGCUCUCUGACUCAGAGCCGGCCACUGGUGCGAAGUAAUAACUCCCGUAUGAUUCUAGUACAGAUUUUUGUGGCCCUUUUCCUUGGCAUCAAUACCACACUCCUUGCUGUACUCUUCCUAAAGGAAAUCCACUACACCACCAUGCGAUACAUCCUGUUUGCUGUAACUCUAAUUUCUGACUCUGUGAUCCUACUCUUCUCCAACAUUUUGCUCAUCUAUAGUUAUUAUGAUAUAAACAUCCAGAUCUGGUCCUGCAUAUUAUUUUGCGUGCUGUUGUCCAUCUACUCAUUUGUCACUCCAGUCAACCUGACAGCCAUGACACUGGAGCGCUAUGUGGCCAUUUGCAUGCCUCUGCGCCACGCUACGCUGUGCACUUUGCGCUCCACUGUGAACGCCAUCCUCAUUAUCCACUGCCUAAGCUCCAUACCGAGCCUGGUCAUACUUUCAUUGCUCUUUGCUUCAACAUCGCUGAGUUUCUACCAAAGAUACAGCAUUUGCUCUUUUGAAACGCUCAUCAUUCACCGCUGGCAGGGUCACCUGAGAUCUGCCAUCAGUCAGUUUUAUUUCCUCGUCAUGUUGGUCACUAUCGUGUUCUCCUACGUGAAGAUUAUGAGAGUAGCUAAGGCAGCAUCCGGAGAGGACAGAAAGUCAUCAUUACGAGGGCUGAGGACGGUGGCUCUGCAUGGUUUUCAGCUGCUGCUCUGUCUCAUCCAGCUGUGGUGUCCCUUCAUAGAAAUGGCUGUACUUCAGAUUGAUUUCAGGUUGUUCAUUGACGUCAGAUUCUUUAACUACAUACUCUUUAUGCUUGUACCACGUUGCCUGAGUCCUCUCAUUUAUGGCCUCAGAGAUGAAAAAUUCUGUCAGUCACUCAAGCAUUGCAUUCUGGGAGGCUUUCACAGGAAACAGCGUUUCCAAAUAUCACAUGUCAGAAAAUGACGUUUUAUCGCUGAGAUAUUUGGACAGACCUGAAGUUCUUUUCUACGCUCUGGUAAAUGUAAUCAUUGAGUGCUAGCAUACAAAGCUUUCAGGCUAAUCAACUGUGUUACUUUAACAAAAUAUUUAGCUAAUUUAAAUUUUUUUAAGGACACCCCAGGGCAUAUUUUACUAUUUUAGUUUACGUUUACUGAAUAUACUUAAACUCACUGAACAUUUCAAUGUUCAUUAAAUUACAUCACAUUCAUUCUUGUGCCAAAGUGUCUGAGUCCUCUGAUUUAUGGCCACAGGGACGGGACAUUUUUUGCCGUCAUCUGCUUUGUGUGGUUUGUGUAAGAAACAAUAACAAUUUAAAAUAAAUAAAUAAAUAAAGCUAUUCGCUGUCUUUUAGUGAUUUGAUGGUUUUGUUUUCUUCUAAAUGGACUGAACGAUAAUCUAGGGUGAUAGUCUGUUAUUGUUUGGACUUCACUGUGAUUAGUUGUGUGUUUCCAGUUUUAUGAAAAUGCCUUACAUUUUGCAAAGAAAUUUUCAAUAACUUCAGUUUAGAAAUUCAAUUUCAAAAACAACAAAAAGCCAAAGUUGAGCAAAGAUUUUGAGCAACUUCUCAGCUGCACUGUUAAAGAGAAAGGAAACAAUUGAUUACUCCACCACUGAUAUAGAGGUCUGUGACUAUGUGAAAACACCGCAAAUUCCCAGAAUGAAGACAAGCUUCCCUGUUUGGCCAAGUUGCUCAAAUCUGUUACCUGGCUUUUGUUGAAGUAAGGACAUGUCCUGAUACCGGACCAGCCGUUCUCCAGCCCAUGUCAAUACACUGUGACGGUGCAGUACUGUGAUGAUGACUAGCCUCACAAGAUCUGGUUUUACAGCGAUGACUGUAUUUUCUUUCCAACUUUGUCUAAACGGGAGAAGUAACCAAACAUCAGGUGUUUACGUUAAUAUAUAACAGCUGGGUUGCUUGUUGCUGAUGAUUUGACUUUUUUGUGUCAAUUCUGUUAAUCAACAGUUUCUGUUCUAGUAAAAACUGAUUAAUUUCUUCCUCCGGUGAAUGAUUAGUGCUGUCGACUAACAUCAUGAAGAUCAUUUGAUGGUUCUUCAGUGUAAACUGAUGGCCUUUCUGUUUGCAGUUUGAAUCUUCUCCCUGUAUGUAGGUACACAGUUGAUAGAAAGUUGAUAAUUGGUAUAACUGUGAGUGUUGUUGGUUGGUUGUCUCUAGUGUACUGUGUGUGUGACCCUGUGAUGGACCGGUGAACAGGUGAGGGUGUACCUCAGCCUCACCUAAUGACUGUUGGGACUUCAACCCAAGUGUGUUUCACUUGGUGACAACAACGAUGGAACUGUGGGUAGAGAACCGUAUAGGCUGGUUGCUUGUAUGAAGCCUCAGUACAUAAAAUAACCUUUGAAAGACGCUUCACUGGACCUGAUCUGAAUCCGUCCACGAGGUGUUACUCCAGGUACGGCUGUGACAAAGUAAAGUGUUUUAGAUGUUUUGAACUGCUGAUGCACUUAUUUAUAAACCUCAGACCAUGUGCCAUGUAUUUCUGAAUUAUGACGGACUAAAUUAAAUCUGGAAAUCUAGUAAAGUAAUUUCUUUCUUUCGCUGUCUCUUAAAUAUUUUUAGAAUGACUAUUAGAAAAGGAGUAUUUUCCAUUCUCUUUUUUAGCUCUCUUUUUUUUAAAGUCUAUAUAUGUAUAUUUGUAUUUUAGACUUAUCAGUUCACUCCACAAGACAGAGCAGGAGGUAAUAAAGAACAAAGAAAGAGGCAGAAAGGCCACACUGUGGUUGGGAAACACACAGUUACCAUCUGUUUCUGCUGAAACACAAAAAGAUUAUGUUCAUAUUUAAAGGCCUAAUUCUUGAGAAAGUGAUCAGCAUUGUGAUAAAAAGACUUUCUUCAUGUUGUUUGAAGAAAGUGUAUUGAAAGCUGAUGAUCUGUUAAACCUAUAAUUGGAUUUUGUGAAAGAAGUAAAUGGAAUUUUUUUUUCAUUUUUCUGAUUAAUUCAGGAUUUGAAUUUUUCUGAAAUACCCUUCACAUUGAUUAUUUAUUAUAAAUUAUUUUAUCACUUUAAAUCUGGAAGAAGUCCUGGUGUGCUAUGAAAAAACGUCUGUUGUGGUCAG